GUGGCAAACACUUCUAGAACAAAGCCCGAACACAUUUUUCGAGUUCGGCGUGUGAAAAAAUAUAGGAAAGCAAAAUUUGAGUCAUUUCGUAUAAUGUGCGAAGGCUGCACCAUAUAAAUCGGAGCAACGUACGCGCGAUUUCAGUCUAAAAUCAGCAUUAGUGGCUGCAGCAUCGAAAAAUAAUUGGAGAUUUGAAAAUACAAAACAUACCCAGAAAUAAUGGUAAAGGCACCGGCAAUCGGCAUCGAUCUGGGCACCACCUACUCCUGCGUGGGAGUUUGGCAGAACAGCAAGGUGGAGAUCAUUGCCAAUGACCAGGGCAAUCGCACCACGCCCUCCUAUGUGGCAUUCAACGACACGGAGCGCCUAAUUGGGGAUGCGGCCAAGAACCAGGUCGCCAUGAAUGCCAAGAACACGGUGUUCGACGCCAAGCGCCUGAUUGGGCGCAAGUUCGACGACCAGAAAAUCCAGGAGGACCUGAAGCUCUGGCCCUUCAGGGUCAUCAACGACGGCGGCAAGCCGAAGAUCGAGGUGGAGUUCAAGGGGGAGCGCAAGCGAUUUGCGCCCGAGGAGGUCAGUUCGAUGGUUCUGGCCAAGAUGCGCGAGAUCGCCGAGGUGUUUUUGGGCGGUAAGGUGAAGGACGCUGUGAUCACGGUGCCGGCUUAUUUCAACGAUAGCCAGCGACAGGCGACCAAGGAUGCGGGAUCCAUUGCCGGGCUGAAUGUCCUGAGGAUCAUCAAUGAGCCCACUGCGGCUGCUUUGGCCUACGGAUUGGAUAAGAAUCUCAAGGGGGAGCGAAAUGUGCUGAUCUUUGAUCUGGGUGGCGGCACCUUCGAUGUCUCCAUUCUGACCAUCGAUGAGGGUUCCCUGUUCGAGGUGAAGGCCACCGCUGGAGACACCCACUUGGGCGGCGAGGACUUCGACAACCGGUUGGUCAACCACUUUGCGGAGGAGUUCAAGCGGAAGCACAAGGCGGAUAUCAGGGGAAAUGCCCGUGCUCUGCGACGACUGAGGACGGCUUGCGAAAGGGCCAAGCGAACGUUGUCCUCCAGCACGGAAGCAUCCUUGGAGAUUGAUGCCUUGCACGAGGGAAUCGACUUCUACUCGAAGAUUUCGAGGGCCCGCUUCGAGGAGCUGAACAUGGACCUCUUCCGGUCCACCAUGCAGCCGGUGGAACGGGCCUUGACCGAUGCCAAGAUGGACAAGAAGGCCAUCCACGAUGUGGUGCUGGUGGGCGGUUCCACGCGCAUUCCCAAGAUCCAGAAACUCCUCCAGGAUUUGUUCGGUGGCAAGCAGCUCAAUCUGUCCAUUAAUCCCGAUGAGGCCGUGGCCUACGGAGCCGCUGUCCAGGCUGCCAUUCUCACCGGCGUGGGAAGUUCCCAGAUCCAGGAUCUGCUCCUGGUGGACGUGGCUCCCCUGUCGCUGGGAAUCGAGACUUCUGGCGGUGUGAUGACCAAGUUGGUGGAACGCAAUGCCCGGAUUCCCUGCAAGCAGCAGCAGAUCUUCACCACCUACAGUGACAACCAGAAUGCGGUGACCAUUCAGGUUUACGAAGGCGAACGGGCAAUGACCAAGGAUAACAACCUGCUGGGAACCUUCAAUCUCACCGGCAUUCCGCCGGCUCCCCGAGGAGUGCCCGAGAUCGAGGUGGCCUUCGACCUGAAUGCCGACGGCAUCCUGAAUGUGAAUGCCAAGGAUAACAGCACGGGAAAGUCGGAGAAGAUCACCAUCACAAACGACAAGGGAAGGCUAUCCAAGUCGGAAAUCGAUCGCAUGCUCUCGGAGGCGGAGAAGUACAAGGUGGAGGACGAUCGACAGCGGGAGCGGGUUCAGUCCAGGAACAGCCUCGAGGGAUACAUCUACGGCUGUCGCCAGGCCGUCGAGGAGGCUCCAUCCGGAGUCCUUUCUGAGGCCGAUCGCUCCAAGGUGCGCGAGAAGUGCGCCUCCGAAACAUCCUGGCUGGACAAGAAUUCCCUUGCUGAGAAGGAGGAGUAUGAGCACCAUCUCAAGGAGUGCCAGCGCAUCUGCAGUCCCAUAAUGACGAAACUCCAUGCCAAACCCAAGGGCAAACAGUCGGCGGGCAAUGGUGCGGGUCCCAACGUGGAGGAGGUGGACUAGUUGCCCCUAAUCUUAUUUAUUCAGCCAUUAAAUAUGCAUUAUUAAUACCUUGUUUCGAAAAUAAAUUAAACUGCACCUUGUGUAUUUGGUGAUAGUCAAGUGG